AUGUUGCCAUCGACGCCGACGGCUGGGGGCGAUGAAGAGAGCUUGGGGAAGAGCAACGACGAAACAUCAAGCCAGACCACAGUUCAGUCUUCAAGUCGGUCAUCACGGAUGGACCCGCGGAUCAUAUCAGACGCCAUCAUCGGUCUAUCAGACGGUCUUACCGUUCCCUUUGCCCUCACAGCAGGCCUCUCUGCACUCGGAAACACCCAGGUCGUCAUCUACGGCGGCCUCGCGGAACUCAUUGCUGGAUCAAUCUCCAUGGGACUCGGCGGCUACCUUGGAGCCAAAAGCGAAGCCGAAAGCUAUUCUGCCACCCAAGUCCAGACGCGAAAGAAGAUCAUGGCCGAUCCGACCGGAACCGAAGAGGACGUCAAGAGCAUCGUGGAGGACUUUGGACUGCCCGAGGAACUGAGCGAGCUGGUGACGAGGAAGCUGGUGGAAGGGAACGAGGAGCGCCUAGAAAAGUUCCUGAUGAAGUUCGAGCACUCGCUGCCGGAGCCGCCGUCGAAUCGGGCGCUCGUGUGUGCGUUGACCAUCGCGAUGGGGUACUUUAUCGGCGGCUUCAUCCCCCUGCUGCCGUAUUUCUUCGUUGGGCCCAACGACGUGCAAAAGGGUCUUGCGCUGUCCGCGUGUGUCAUGGUGGUGACGCUGUUUGCAUUCGGCUAUGUGAAAACUGCGGCGGUGCAUGGGUGCAGUGGCAUAGGCCCUGUGUGGGAUGCUAUCAGAGGAGGCGCUGAGAUGGUUGUGGUGGGAAGUCUGGCGGCGGGUGCAGCUAUGGGGCUCGUAGCCUUAUUCAGUCAGGGUAGCGAGCCUGUGUGA